AUGGCUCCGUGUGUCUAUCCCGAAUCAAAAAGCUUCCGUGGCAAGGGUUAUGGGCCCAUUCCAACUAAGUGGAAAGGCGAUUGUGGCAAUGACACCUUUUGCAACAAUAAACUUAUUGGUGCCAAGUACUAUAACAAUGGUUAUCAAGCCAAAUAUGGAAAGAUGGAUCCUUCUAUGAACAGUGCGCGUGACCAUAAUGGGCACGGUAGCCAUACAUUAUCAAUUGCCGGUGGUAACUUUGUUCCAUAUGUGAGUUACAAUACAGUGUGGAUGGGAACUGCCAAAGGCGGUUCACCACAAGCCCGAGUGGCAGCUUACAAGGUCUGCUGGCCUCCUUCCUUUCUAGGAGUUGAAUGCGAUUCAGCAGAUGUAGUUAAAGGGUUUGAAACCGCCGUCAAUGAUGGUGUUGAUGUAAUAUCAGCAUCUCUUGGUUCACAUCCUACUGAGUACAUGAAUGAUGCUCUAGCCAUUGCCUCAUUCCAUGCUGUCAAGAAAGGAGUCACUGUUGUGUUUUCUGGAGGGAAUAAAGGACCCUCAUCUGGAACGGUCACCAAUGUGGCUCCUUGGGUUAUAACUGUAGGGGCUAGCACUAUUGACCGCGAGUUUCAAUCUUUUCUUUUCCUUGCAAAUGGACUUAACUUGAAGGGAUUAAGCAUGCCGAAACCCUUGCCACAUCCUGGAUUUUAUACCCUAAUUAACGCUGCAAAUGCUAAAGCCGAAACUGCCACAGAGAUGGAUGCAAUGCAUUGCCUUCAAGGUACACUUGACCCGGAGAAGGUUCAAGGGAAGAUCUUGGUAUGCCUAAGGGGAGUCAAUGAUAAUGUUGCAAAGGGCACAGAAGCUGUACUUGCUGGUGCUGCUGGCAUGGUUCUUUGCAAUGAUAAAGCCCAUGGUUUUGAUAUAACAGCCGAUUUUCAUGUGCUUCCAGCAAUACACAUAACUUUUCCUGAUGGGCAUCGUCUCUAUGAUUACCUCAACUCUACCAAUUUAGCAAAGGGGUACAUAUUCCAUCCUGUACCAGCUAUACACACAGUGUCUGCUCCAGUUGUGGCUAACUUCUCUUCUAGAGGUCCGAAUUCAAUCACACCAGAGAUUCUUAAGCCUGAUAUUGUAGCCCCUGGAGUGAAUAUCAUUGCAGCAUACUCCGAAGAUCCAGAACCUGUAUUACCGUACAAUAUACUAUCAGGAACUUCAGUGGCUUGUCCACAUGUUGCUGGAGUUGUUGGUCUUCUCAAAAGUGUCCACCCUGACUGGAGCCCUUCUGCCAUCAAAUCUGCCAUCAUGACCACUGCAAGUACAAAAGAAAACCAGUAUGGGUACCCAAUGUCUGAUGAAAUUGGUGGUUGGGCCGAACCGUUUACCCGUGGUGCUGGAGAGAUUAAUCCAAACCGCGCAAUGAAUCCUGGACUAGUUUAUAAUCUAACCGUAAAUGAUUAUCUCGACUUUCUAUGCACUAGAGGAUACGACAAAAGCAUAAUUCAGAAAUUUUCUGAUCAACCUUAUGAAUGUCCUGAAAAGAACAACAUCCUAGACUUCAACUACCCUUCGAUAACUGUCCAUCAACUUAAUGGUACCGUCACCGUUACAAGAAGAUUGACGAAUGUGGGCCCACCCGGCUCCUAUACAGUUGAUGUUUGGAGUCCUAUGGGGAUAAUAGUGGAUGUGGAACCAAAAACUCUUGCAUUUGGAAAGAAGGGUGAAGAACAUAAGUUUGAGUUGACAAUGAAAGCUCAAGACGGAUUUCGAAUUACAGAUUAUGUUUAUGGGAAACUAACAUGGUCUAAUAGCAAUCAUUAUGUGAAGAGCCCCAUUGUGGUUUCUGUGUUACUUUGAGUUGUUUGUUAGGAAUCUGAUUCAGAUUUAUAUUUUCAUUUACCUA